AUUUUUUAAUACCAAUAGAUGUCGUGCCGCGUUUUGCUACAAACCAUAACACGCUUGUUGUCGUUACAGCAACGUUUUAAUAAUUACUAUAAUUUCUGUUAAUAAAUUAGGAAUAACUUACGCCAAUUUAUCAAAUAAUACAGAAAAAAUGAAGCUGGUCAGAUUUUUGAUGAAGCUAAGCCACGAAACCGUCUCGAUCGAGUUAAAAAAUGGAACCGUAAUCAUUGGCACAAUUACAGGCGUCGAUGUAGCCAUGAACACACACUUAAAAGCGGUCAAAGUCACCCAAAAAAAUCAGCCCCCGUUAACCAUGGAUACGAUCACGGUGCGCGGCAAUAACAUUCGCUAUUACAUACUACCAGACAGUUUACCUUUAGAAACUCUUCUAAUUGAUGAUACACCGAAAGCAAAGGCGAAGAAAAAGGAUACCGCACGUGGAGCAACACGAGGCCGCGGACGGGGCAGGGGAGGUCGCGGCGGGCCAAGGGGACGCGGCCGUGGUCGAGGACGACGUUAAGUGAAUUGGUGUACACAAAGAACAAUAUUUUUUAAUAUUCAUUAAUUAUAUACGAAGUAUUUCCAUCUAGUAUAAAACGAUACACUACAUAUAAAAUAAAGCAAAAGAAUAGUAGAAACAUGA